CAGCACUCGCAGUCCUCCACCUCACCGGAACCGGAUCGAAUCUUAAGAGCGCUUGGGAGGGGCGGGCUACUCGUCUCGUCUCUUCCCUCCUCUGAGCUGUUCCAUGCACGCAAGCGAGUGGUGUUUUGCCAGUGGGUUGUCCCCCUCUGCAUAUUCUAAGAAUGGAGACUAUACCAAAAAGAAGCUUACUUGUUCUGCUCUGCUUUAGAAGGUCUUGAUCUGGAAAACCCCAUUCCUUGAUGUGGUGGUGAUCAUGAAGUGAUUGUCAUCCUUUUCGUCUGUUGUUCAGAAAUUAUACAUAGUCUAAAGGGAACCUUGGAGUGCAAGAGUUCAAAAUCGAACUUCCCAUCAUGGAGGAGCACCAGCAUCUGCAUUGUGUAAACUGUGUCAGCCGGCGUUGUAUGAUUAGACCAGAGGCCGGCAUUUCCUGUGAUUUAAUUGGUUGCUCUAUGGUUUGUGGAGCAGUGUUCCAUUCAUGCAAAGCUGAAGAGCACCGCCUUUUAUGUCCACUUGAAAGAGUGCCUUGCCUGAACAGUGGUUCAGGCUGUCCGUUUACAAUAACCAGAAACAAAAUUGCUGAACACCUAGAAAUUUGCCCUGCAAGUGUGGUAUGUUGUACUAUGGAGUGGAAUAGAUGGCCAGUAAGUUAUGCAGAUCGCAAAUCUUAUGAAAAUCUAAGUAAAGAUGUUGAUGAAGUUGAACAGUUGGACAUGGCUCUUGCCCUUCAAGACCAACGAAUGCUUCUGGAAUCCCUCAGAGUAGCAACAAUGACAUCAAAAACAGCUGAUCAGGUAUCAAAAUCGAAAGAACAGACUUCAGUUGUGAGUGCCCCAGAUGUCACCCUUCCAAAUGGCUUGAUGCCAGUAGAUGAAGAGUCAUAUGGUGCACUUUAUCAAGCUACUGUGGAAACAACCAAAAGUUUAGCUACAGCACUAGACAUCCUAAACACUGCUACUAGAGACAUAAGCAUGUUAAGUUCAAAACUUGGUAUUUCACCAUGUGAAACAAGUGAAUGCUGUCAAAUUAAAGAACAAAACUGUAAUAAAAGUAUGCAGCAUAGAAACACAGAGCAUGACUGUCUAGAUGAAAAUAAUAUGGGAGCAGCUGGUGGCCUUCACUUGGAUGGCUUGAGUCAAAAUGUGCCGGUAGAACAAAAUGGCUCAAGUGAUUUUUAUGAUUCCAUGCAACAGUGCAAUUUCAACAUGAACCUUGAUAAUUCUUUCUGCAAUGGCUUUCAUAUAGAGAAUACAUGUGCAGAUAUGCUGCAACAGAAUAAUGAACUAGGAAUGUCGAAUUCAGAGCAAUCUAAUGUAGCAAAUGGUAUAUGUAAAUCUUGUGAUGAGGCAUCAAGUUCUUGUGCCCCCACUUCUGUAGCAACACAACUUAGGGAAGAAAUACAUCUGCAUAGUUUGCCUAAUGGCAGUAUUAAUCAUGCAUAUCCACCACAUGGCUAUGAAGAAGACAGAUUCAGAAACAUAGAUCUAUUUUCUUUAAUUCCUCAGCGUACUUACAGUUUUCUCACAAAUCAUUAUUUCUCGGCACCAAAGGAUGACAAAGCAGUAGAUACAUCAGAUUUGGAAGUAACAGAAGAUCCUAUGGGUCUUCAGGGUAUAGACUUAAUCACAGCAGCUUUAUUGUUUUGUCUGGGAGAUUCUCCUGGUGGUAGGGGAAUAUCCGAUAGCCGUGUUGUUGAUGGAUAUCGUGUUGAUUUUGGGACACAGACGUUUUCUCUCCCAUCUGCAAUCCUGGCCACAAAUACAAUGGUAGGGGAAAUUGCUUCUGCCUCUGCAUGUGAUCAUGCAAAUCCACAGCUCUCGAAUCCAAGCCCUUUCCAGACACUUGGCCUAGACUUGGUACUAGAAUGUGUAGCCAGAUACCAGACAAAGCGCUCCAUGUUUACAUUUGUUUGUGGACAACUGUUUAGGCGAAGUGAAUUUUCUUCACACUUCAAGAAUGUUCAUGGUGAUAUUCAUGCAGGCCUCAAUGGUUGGAUGGAACAGAGAUGUCCUCUGGCUUACUAUGGAUGUACAUAUUCUCAGCGCAGAUUUUGUCCUUCAACACAGGGGGCAAAGAUAAUUCAUGACCGACAUCUUAGGUCAUUUGGGGUUCAGCCUUGCAUUUCUACUAUGCUGACAGAGCCUGAUAAGAGAUGCUGCUUAGGACUGCAUAGCGACCAUCUAAGUAGUCUUCCUUUUGAGGUUCUACAACACAUUGCAGGGUUUUUAGAUGGAUUUAGUUUAUGUCAGCUGUCACGUGUGUCACGAUUAAUGAGGGAUGUAUGUGGAAGCUUACUACAGGCUCGUGGAAUGGUCAUACUACUUUGGGAAAAAAGAAAGUAUCCAGAUGGAAAUUCUUCAUGGCAAAUAAAAGAAAAGGUGUGGCGCUUCAGCACAGCUUUUUGUACUGUAAAUGAAUGGAAAUUUGCUGACAUCGUAAGCAUGGCUGACCACUUGAAGAAAUGCAGUUAUAAUGCUGUAGAAAGACGAGAGGAUGCUGUGCCAUUGCCAUGUAUGUGUGUUACACGAGAGCUUACAAAAGAAGGACGUUCAUUGCGCUCUGUCCUGAAACCUGUACUUUAAAUAUGAAGUCACUCUGAUUGCACAUAAUCAAGCACCUGAUGUAACCUCUCUAAUAUUGUGACACUUUAUUAGUUUACUAAAGAUGAUUUCUAGAUAAAUCUACUCUGUCAGUAUGUACAUAAUGUUUUGAAGUGGCAUUUAUUUUUUAUAAUACUGUCUGAUUAGAAUUAAUGAAAAUUGCCUUAAUGUUUGAAAAUAUGGAACUUGCUGGACAGGGUAGUUUUAUAUAACUUAUAUAAUUUACAAUUUUUUCUUUAGGGUUUUUUCGCACUUAAAGGUGCACAUUUCUUUUUACCAAUUUCAGACUUUUAGAGAGAUGCACAUUUUCAGACAGGAACUUGAAUUGUAUAGAGACAGGAAUCUGACCAAACAACUUACAUACAUGGUCAUUUUGCAGAUUAAGAAAUUUAAAAGUUUAAAUGCUGAACAUAAUUUAGCAGUGCAUAUCUUAAACAAUUCUUUUUAUUCUUUAAAAAAUGCUUUGGCCUCUUAAAAUACAUUGGCUCAGCUCAAAUUAGUUUAUAGUUGAGGUGAUAUAGGACAUACACUUUUAGUACUGAUUGCAGAUGAAUAGCAGACAGUCCUCAACUUGUUGAAGUCAUAAGACUCCCCUGCUUUUAAUGGAAUUGAAUUGCAGCUAAGUUGUUUCUAAAUAACAUGUUCUUGAUGAUCGAUGUAGGUUACUACUGUUAACAGCCUAAUUAAGAAAAAUUGAUAUGUCAUACACUUAACAUUCAUACUGGCAAUUGAGUAAACUUUCUCCCUUCUAUUAAUGGAUAAGGUGAACACAAUUCCUGCAGCUUGCUUUAAACCAGAUACACAGGAUUUAUAAUUUUAGAUUAACAAAUCCAGUGAAGGGCUUAUGAUCCAUGGUGUUGAAAGAUCAUCUUAACAUGUAUGCAGAUGUAUUACAUGGCUUCAAGCCUAUUUUAAAUUUUAUGGUACACUGAUUCUGAGCACACUUAGGUAAGCUCCAUUGAAACAAAUGGAACUUAUUUCCAAGCAAAUGUGUUUAGAAGAGAGGUGCCAGUAUGCCAUCUUUAUAAGAUGAGAACCCAUUUGUUGCAUAAAGCACAUCUUAAUGCAUGUUCAUCCAUUUCAGAAUUUCAUAUUUUUCCAUAGUCUUCCAUUGAGGACAUUAUGUUUAAUGUUUACUGUAAUUACGAGAAUGCCUUUAACUAUACUAGUGUAACUUGGAGGCUUUCAGACUUGAUAUUACUGGGUUUUUUACACUUGGUAACUGUGUGACACAGGCUAAAGGCAGACCAAGUUUGUAUCUAUAAAUAGGGUAUUCCAAUGUUAAAGAGGAAAAGUAUUGAAAAGAUUAUUACAGAAAUGGCUGAAUGUUUAUGAAAUCAUUUUAGUAUACUUGAUCCAUAUGUACAGCAUACGAAUCCUUUCUGGGAAAUAGUACUUUAUUCAUAACUUAGGCUGACCCUUUUAAAAAAAAAUUAAACCUCAUUCUCUAGUGCCAUAUAUUGAGACCGCUAACAUUUGAAUACUCAUUUUUUCUAUUUUCUGGAAUGCCUGAAUGUUGGAUCAGUUAACUGUUCUCACAAGGCUGCCUUUCUCAUUUGAAGAGUCUAGAGUAGAGGAUUUUUCUUCAGCCCUGCAGAAUCUGGUCUUCAGUCAAUAGUGGAGUGUCAUUUGUAAUUGUAGCUGGGAAAAAAACAAACCCUUAAUAAUAUAUUGAAUUUUUCAUAGGUAUAACCAACCCAGGCUUAGAUAGAGUUUUUCUUCAGCAGUACAUCUGUGAUGUUUGUUGCCUCUCUCUGUCUUCUAAAAAAAUAUGUCAGUCUGAAAUAACCAAAACUCUCCACUCAGUAGGUUUUAAAAACUGUUUACUGUAUACACUGUUAAUUACCUUACUUGUGUGUAUUUUGGUAUUACCUUUUUUCUUGUUAGAAGUGGGUAGAAAAAUGUGUUAGCUCUUUGAGUAUUGCAAGUACUGCAGCUCACGCUAGAAGGUUCUCUAAGCAGUUAAACCCGUGAUUAAUAACUAGUUCAGUUUUGUAACAAUAAGGAUUUGAAUACUUCAUUCUCAUUACAUGCACUUUCAUUUUUGAAUCAAGAUACUGUGUUAAACCUUUAAAAUCCAGAGCUAUUAAAACAUUAAUGCUGUUCAAAAGAAUCAUGUUUUGUAUACUUUUAUGUGCAGGAAUACAAUACAGAUCUAGGAUACAAGUAUUUUAUACUGCUAUGCAGUUUUUACAAAAAAACAAAGUUGUGAUACAGAUUGUCAGUACUUUAAUUUUUUGUUGCCUUGUACUCUACUUUAUAUUUUAAAUGUACAUCAAGUCUCUCCUAGUGCUUGGUUCCUUGUUGCAUUGCUUUUACUUAUCAAUUGUUUUUUUCUCUUACCAACAUGACACUACUCCCUUGUUUAAAAAGUUUUCAGUUAAUACCAUUUUUGCAAUGUCUGAUAUUGCCCUAAUUAAACACAUUUGCCAUUGACCUCUUA